UGUAGCUGUAUUUCUAGAGGCUUCUUCACUCCUCACAAUUAUAGCACUCUGAUUCCACUUUAACUGCUUGGAUUCCAUCCUAUAGUAUCUUAGGAUUUACAGUUCAGGAAAGAACAUUUAUAUCUCUCAGACUGAGAGCUCCUUUGAUACCCUAGACCAAGCUACAAAUCCCAAGAUUACUUAGGAUGCAAUCCCAGCAGUUAAAAUGUAGUUAUAAUGCUGUAAUUGUGUGGUGUAACCAGACAAUGGCUUGAGCAUUGGCCUUGGACUCUGGAGAUCGGGGUUCAAAUCCGAGCUCAGCCAGGAAACCCACUGGGUGACUUUGGGCAAGUCACACUCUCUCAGCCUUAGAGGACAGCCAGGACAAACCCCUUCUGAAGAAACUUGCCACAAAAAGCCCAUGAUUGGGUCGCCUUAGGGUCGCCAUAGUUGGAAACGACUUGAAGGCACACAACAACAACAAAAGGACUUUCGGCUGCAAGUGGGAAUCAAGCAGCUCAUAAUAUUGUGUUAGGUAGACAACACAGCCAAUGGGGAGGGAUGCUGGAAAUUGCAGUCCAGCAACAUCUGGAGAGCUUUAUAAUUCCAAUCUCUGUUGCAGGCAAAUGUCAUGUACUGACCCUCUUUUUAAUUUUUUAAAAAUUGAACUACAGGCUGUAAACAAACAGGCCAUGAUGUACUGGUUGCAGCAGCUGCAAAUAAAACGUUGGGAGUUCUGCACUAACCAGGCUCAGGCUUGUGUGGCAGAUGAGGCAGUUCUUCCCUGUUCUGUCAGUGCGGUUCAGCUUAAUGAUACUGAUGCAGAACAUGCAUUUUUACCUUCUGUGAAAACUCCCACUGAUGACAUAAAACACAGUGCAUAGUCUUUGUGGCAACCGGCAGAACCGAGGAGACAGUGAUAUGCUUGGUUUCAUGGAGAGUAAUGAUAAUCCUGAACAUGUAGCUGAUGAAGACCACAGGGAAACAGAAAGUGAGAAUGCAGCUGAGAUGCAAAAGGAUACAAGAAUGAAGCUCAAAUCACCUAUGGUUAGAAAGAUGAAAAAGAUGAACAGUGGUUUCCCUUGCUUUGCUGAAGGGACAGGACAGGAGAAAGUCACUUCUCUCCAGCACCAAGUUUUAGUUCUUGAAGAAGAAGUGAAAUCUCAGAAGGAACUGGUUAAACUUCUCCACAAAGCUCUGGAGGCAGCCCAGCAAGAGAAACGAGAGUCCUGCAGGUACCUGACCACAGCAAAGGAGAAAGACAGGCUGGAAUUAGUGCGGCACAAAGUCAGGCAGAUUGCUGAAUUGAACAAGCAGGUGGAAGUCCUGGAGAUGGAGAGGAAGGAGCUGAAGCAGAGCCUUGCUGUGAAUGAAGAGCACAUCCAGGAGCUGAAAGCCCAUGUGCAGCUCUUGAUGGACAAGAACCAGGCCAAGCAACAGGUCAUCCUGAAGCUGACAGAGCAACUGACCAGAAGCAUGCCUGAUUCCAUUACAGAAGCAGAUCUUCUUGCCGCAGAGACCCUGUACAAGCAGCAGGAAGAGAUUGAACAUUUGAAGGAUGAUUUAGAAGCCUACAAGACCCAGAACCAAUUCCUGAACUCUGAAAUCCACCAGGUUACUAAAAUCUGGAGUACAGUGGCACAGAGAGAGAAGACCCUCCUGAUGAAGUGUGCCCGUCUGCAAGCCCACAACUGCCAAAUAGAGAGCAAGUAUCUAAUGACUCUGCGGAGGCUGCAGGACCUACCGGAUUUAGCCAGUGAACACAAGGAAAUGGUGAAGGGACUCAUACAGGAGGCACUUCAGUGGGAUGUGAAAGAAGAAACCAUGAUACCUAUUCAGCUGAACCCAAUCAAUCAAUAUGAUGAUUAUGGGUUUAUGACCAUUCCUGAAUAUGAAGCUGGAGACUGGAAACUGCUGGCCAAAAUCCAGGCCUUGGAAAUCAAAUCCAGUAAUCUCUUGAACCAGGAGGGUAUCGAGAAGUCUCUCUCUGAGAGGUGGAACAACCUUGGAGACUUAAGUUCCUCCUCAGAUCUCAAAGCCUUGCUCCGCUGUGGUGUCCCCGUUGAGCACCGUCAGAGGGUAUGGAGGUGGAUUGUGAGCCACCGGGUGCAGCAUAUCCAUUCUCCUGGACAUUACCAAAACUUGCUCAAGAAGUGUGAAGCAGCUGAGCACCCAGCUUCUCAACAGAUUGAGUUGGAUCUGCCCCGCACCCUGAGUAACAACAGACACUUUCUGUCACCUGCCUCUCAGCUUCUUCCCAAACUUCGGAGGGUUUUACUUGCAUUCUCCAGGCAAAACCCUACUAUUGGCUAUUGCCAGGGAUUGAAUAGACUAGCGGCCAUUGCACUGUUGGUCCUAGAAGAGGAAGAAAGUGCUUUUUGGUGCCUGGUUCAUAUCACUGAGAACCUAAUGCCUCCAGAUUACUACAGCAACAUGCUAAUAGGCUCACAAGUGGAUCAAAGAGUCUUCAAAGAUUUCUUGGCAAUGAAACUUCCCAAGCUGACAGCUCACCUGGAGCAUCACCGAAUUGACCUGGCCCUUGUGACUUUCAAUUGGUUUCUGGUCAUAUUUGUUGAUAGUCUUGUCAGUGAUAUUCUCUUCAGAGUCUGGGAUGCCUUUCUUUAUGAAGGUACAAAGGUGAUAUUUCGAUACGCUCUGGCAAUUUUUAAAUACAAUGAAGAAGCAAUAUUGAAGAUUCAGGACAGCUUGGAAAUAUACCAGUAUCUUCGUUUUUUCACUAAAACUAUUUGUGAUGGCAGGAAACUGAUGAACAUUGCCUUCAGUGACAUGAAUCCUUUUCCUAUGAAGCUGCUCCAAAAUCGGCGUGAAGAGUAUAGGCUAAAGCUGGAGGUUGAGAUGAGAGAACUGGAGAGGAUAAAAGCCCAGUAUAUGAGGGAACAGGCAGAACAUACUUCCAGUCACCUGGAUGGAGCUGUGAGUGAGGAUGAUGAAGAAGAAGACAUGUAACACUUGUUCUGUCUUUUCUGUUUGUCUUCAAACAUUUCACUUCCUUUGAAACAAAAGGUGGCCAUUGCCUGUACAGUGGAACACAGGGCACAUAUGCGCAACACAGGGAGAUGUACUGGAUUGCUCUCAGUUGCAUCAGAAAUGUUCACACACUAUGGAAGCUUUGUUCUUACUAAGGUCCUUCGAAGGUCUAUGGUUUGGAGCAAUGUUCGUUAGAUGGUGAAGUCACUCAAGGUCAGCCCAAGUCAUUUUGCUGCCUGAAGCAAAGGACAGAUUGGAAGCCAUCUCUCAUUCCAUAUAUAGAAGCUGUAACAAACAGCUUUGGCCUCUUCCUCACCACUCUACCUUACUUUCAUCUUGAAGUCCAAAGAUGGGCGUAUCAUUCUGCCUUAUGGUAUGGUUGGCACUAAUGUCUCUGCACUGUAAAAUCCUUUUUAUAUUUUUUCUGGGUUGCCUCUGUAUUGUUGUGUCAGUGCAGAAACUCAUCCUUUUGCUC